AUCAAGUGAACUGUUGUUAAAUUGUUGAAAGUAUUAUAUUUAAUCUAUGAUGUGAACCAACAAUUUUUCUGAACAAAUAAUAAAUUUCAUCUCGCUAACUCUUACGGCCAUAGAAAGCGAUCAGUUUAACUAUAAAUCGAACUAAUCUGUUUUACAAUUUGACAAUUUUUAGUAACAACCUUAAAAAAUCAACCUUAAUCUUAUCAUUUUACAUCCUGCACAAUUUAAGUACAAAUCAAAUAUUUGCAAUUCCAAUCAAAAUGUAAUGUUUGUAAUAUGAGGUUAGAGUCGCAAUAAACGAUCUUAUUUGAGCUGUUAUUUAUUGAAACAUGAUUUGAUAGCAAGUAAUCGAACGAAUAAUCUUAGGCGUUUAUUCUUAUUGUGAAAUGAUUUUCAAUGAAUUUAAAAACCGAUUACAAUUUACAUUCGCAUCAUUUUCAAACGUUCAAUAACAAAAUUAAAUUGAAAUUGUUACAGUUGAUUGUGUUUGUUUAUUAAUUCUCAACAUGUCAUCUUCACUGCAAAAUGAAAGAAACAAAAUGCUAUUUAUAUUAUCAAUUGUAGUCAUCUUAUUUUCAACAAUUAAAACAGGAAGUGCUACAGAUUUGGUGGUUUUACCGUUAAGUAUACCUAGUAAGAGCGCUAACAUUAACGCUACUCUAACUGAUAUCAAUGCAGGGACUAAAUAUUUCAUUCAAGAAUCAAUAUCAGCUUCUGGUUCAAACAUUAGAGGCAAGAUUGUGAUCUCUGGUGAAAAGGAUUCCUACAAAAUCUAUUAUCAUGAUACUAAUACUCGUAACGACGUACGCUUGGUUAUUCAUGGUACAAAUUGUAUAUCAUUCUAUUACAAGAACAUUAAUCUUAACAAGAAUGAUUGGGAUCAAACUUUACCUGGAAUCGUCAAACCUGUAACUAAUCUGGUACUCUUAAUGGGACCUUCAAUUUUAUACCGACUUAGUCAUUCCUCAAUUGUUUGGAAAACAGUUGAAGAUAAAAACAUAAGAGGAACCAUGAUGAAGGGCGCGACAACUGACAUAAAUGGAAGAUUGAAAAUCACUUAUUAUUACAAAAAGCAUUUCGAUGAUGAUUUUGGAAUAAAAUAUCCAAGUCGAAUUGAAUUCAGUGGUUAUGAUCCAGCUUCAAGUUCACUCCUCAACAAGGAGAAUCUUAAUCUUGAAAUUUACCUUCAAAAUGAGAACGAUUAUGAUGAACUUGCGAAUGAAAUUCAUCCCUUACCUGGAAUUGGAUGCCCAUUUUACCUGGCCCCGAAUUGGCCUGAUUUCCCUAUAUUGAAAGUUAGUUAUGUACAUUACACUAUGUACGAGUACAUAAAAGGUUCAACUGCUACUCGAACAUUCAGUGAGAUUCAUGCAUCAAGAAAGCACAAAUUAUUACGAAUAAAAUCAUCUCUUCUUGGCAUAACAACUGAAGCUAUUUAUGAUUAUAACCUCGGAGUUUCUUACCUCUUUGAGGAGGGUGGAUCCUGUAGCAUGUUUCCUACAGAUAAAAAUUCACCUGGAAUCAAUCCUAAUGGUUACUACAAUUUAGCUAGUCUUUUGCUCGUUGAUGACGAUAUGUUUACUUUUGAAUAUCUUGGAAAACUCAAUUUAGAACAUCGAUCUGGAUUUCCAGUAGAUGCAUGGGAAUUAAUCGGAUAUGAUAUUAAAAUCAAUGGGAAAAAGGUCGACAAAGCUGUCAUCACUCAAUAUUUUGUUGAAUCGCAUGACAGUGAAAUAUUUUCUGGCUUUACACUUGUCAGUACCACAAUUGCCAUCUAUAAAUUGGAUUCAUCGAAAAAAACUUAUACUUUGACGGAUGAAAUUACAAGAGAUUACAUAAACUUUGAAAAGGAGGGAUUAGAAGGUGAACUCCAUGAUGAAUUUACAUUAAAAGAUUGUAAAUACUUGUCUAGUAAUAAAACAUUAACCCUUGCCUUCCAAUUUGAAUGUCAAGGCGACUCUUGUACCGGACUCUUGGAAAAACAUGCUUACGAAGUAAAAAAAGAUUUAAUCAAUGAUGCUAUUUUAAAUUUGGCAAUUAGUCCACUUCGAAUCGAUACCGUUGAAUAUAAUUUCAAUGGCGCACAUCUUGAAGUAGAAGUGACAUUCUUGGAUAAACCUAAUUUCCAAUAUGUUUUAAAUCCUAAAACGGUGUCUGUCAGUGCAGAUACAUUAAGAAAGUCGCAAAAGAUCAAAGCUGACACGGAAAAUGAAUGUCUGGACAAAUUAUCAAAAUACCAAGAAAAAAUCAGUGUAGUAAUUUAUAAAUCAUCAGAUUCUUCUUGUGGAUAUUUGAAAGAUUUUGAUGAUCUUAAGGAAGAUACAAAAGCCGGAGAACCUUGCAGCAUCUAUCACUUUCCUUUAAAUAAUUUUGCUCGCAUUGGCCAAGAAUUGCCACUUGAUCAAAUUCACAAUACUUUUAACAAAGAUUUAAAAUUGAGUAUGAAUUAUAUUGUAGGAAAAUCUUGGCAGUCUAUUGAAAUUAAUGAUAUUAUCGACAAAACGGAACAUAAAAUUGCUUCAGUUGAUGCCUUUCAAUCCAACAUUAGAGUUUAUGCAAAACUAAAAAGCAAUGAUCGAGUUACAGUUAUUGUACCAGAUGCGAAAACUUUGGCCGACUGUUAUCGAACAUGUCAUAAUUCAGAGCAACUUAAAUGCAAUACUUUCUCAUUCUGUUCUAAUGGUGACUGUAGAGUCAGCAGCUUAUUGACUGAUGACUCGUUUAAUGAAUCGCACGUUGAACAAGACAAAUCAUGCUCUAUUCACGCUUUGAAUGUUCUCAAUGAUUACUCAGAAGUACCUUUUAGGAAAUUCAAAACACAGACUUCAAUCGCCGUCGCCAAAAGUGUUGAUUCAUGUGCAGAAUCUUGUCAUGCUUCACCUGAUUGUUUCUCCUUCCAAUGGUGUGACUUUCAAUGUAGUUUUGGUGGUUUUUAUACAGAUGCAGCCACUGAAUAUGAUGGAGAAUGCAGUGUAUAUCUUCCCAAAGUAUCUGAAAAGUACCAAAAAACGGGCAACAAAAUCGUCUCAGAUGUGCUUUACACUGAAAUGAAUUUAAAUUUCGAACAAUGUGCCUCGUUGUGUCAUGGAUGGUCAGAUGGUGACACUGGAUGUAAAUCAUUUAAUUACUGUCCUAAAAGUAAAACAGAAAGUUCUUGUUCAUUAACUCAAUUUACAGUUAAAAGUACAAAUACUAAAACCACUGAAGGUGGCGAUUGUUCAAAUUACGAGUUGAAAGUGAAAUCAAAUGGAAAGAAAAGCAAAGAAUCCAGUUCGCUUGAAGUAACGAAUGGAACAAGUGGAUCGGGUGCCUUUGGAAUAAUUAUGCUGUUCUUGUUUGUUGGUGGUUUAUUGGGAUUCGCUGCACCAUUUGGUUACACAAAAGUUAAACAAAUGCGUAGUGCUUCAGAAGCCAAUGAAAGUUUCACUUGGACGAGACAAUCAGAUGCACAAGCUGGAAAUAUCGAUGGAACCUCAUUUUGAGAUUGCAGGACCUGAAAUUAAACAUAGAAUCUCCGUGUAAACCUUAUCACUGCUUUUUAGAAGGUCAAUUUUGAUUUUUUGUUUUGUUUGUUAAUUUUAUCUCAAUUAUGAAAGCAAUUAAAAAUUUAUUAAAUUUAUAUCUUUUGUACUGAUGAACAUUUAGAUGCCAAUAUCGCAGUUCUUAGAGAAGCUUCAACCAUUUCUAGUUAUCGAUCAAUACUGAGUGGUUUACCAGCCAUAGUGACAACUCUCUUCGUUGCACAUUGGUCCAAACCAUACAAAGUUGAUCAUUGUAAUACAUGUCAUGGUUCAUUACGAUAAGCCAUGUUUCUAUCUUGAAUGCUUGAUUGCUUAAGCAGUAUCACAGAUGUGAUUACAGCAAUUGAUUGAUGGCUUUUAACACAAAAACU